UGGGCCGAGCUGGGUAGGAGCCGCGAUCGGCUCGACCCGACCCCCAUCAAGCAACCCUUGCUCCUGCUGCAGCGCGCACCCUGAACGCAGAGUGCCUGCAACGACCAUGGCACGAGUGCUGCCGCUUCUGCUGCUGCGACUCAGCGUGCAGUGGAGUGGUCUCGUUCACCCGGGCUGGGGAUUCAACCUGGACACGUCGGCGGGCGUGGAGUACGCGGGGCCACCCGGCUCCUACUUUGGCUACGCGGUGGAUCUGUACACGCAGCCAGACGCCAUUGGCGUGCUGAUCGGGGCUCCGCGGGCCAACACGUCCCAGCCCGGAGUGACGGAGGGCGGAGCGGUCUACCUGUGUCCCUGGGGCCGCGAUGGGGCCCGUCCUUCCUGCCACCCCAUCCCGUUCGACCUCACAGGUGACCGCAUGCUGACUCUGCCGACCGGCGUCCGGGACAGGGUGGACUACAAGUCGCGCCAGUGGUUCGGGGCGAGCCUGCGCGCCCUCCGCUCCAGCGUCAUGGCGUGUGCCCCGCUGUACCGCUGGAGAACGCUGCGCCCUGCGCGCGAACGCGAGCCCGUGGGCACCUGCUACGUGGCGCACGGCAACUUCAGCAGCUUCACCGAGUACUCACCCUGUCGCCGAGGCAAUCCUGACCCGCCGGGUCAAGGCUCCUGCCAAGGAGGGUUCAGCGUCGAUUUCACGGACGCGGGGACCGCGGUGCUGGGGGGGCCGGGCAGCUUCUACUGGCAAGGGCAGCUGAUCGCGGCCCCGCUGCACGCGGUCCUGGGCAGCCACAACGAGACGUACAUCAACCAGGCGGUGCAGGGGGAGACGCAGAGCCGGGCGCGGCAGUCCUCGCACGACGACAGCUACAUGGGGUACUCUGUGGCUGUUGGAGAAUUUACUGGUGAUUUGAAGCAAGAGUACGUGGCAGGAGUUCCCAAGGGGUUCCGCUCCGUGGGAUAUGUAGCGAUCCUGGAAGCGGACAACAUGACCUCCGUGCAUAACUUCAGCGGCGAGCAGAUGGCCUCUUACUUCGGCUUCGCCGUGGCGGUCACGGACGUCAAUGGUGACCGGCUGGACGACGUGCUGGUGGGAGCGCCGCUCUUCAUGCGCCGCGUGUCCGAGAGCUCGCUGCGCGAGGUCGGCCGCCUCUACGCAUUCCUGCAGGAGCGGCCGCUCUCCUUCCGCGAGCCGCAGACCUUCGACGGCCCCCACACCUACACGCGCUUCGGCAGCGCCAUCGCCCCGCUGGGCGACCUGGACCAGGACGGCUAUAACGACGUGGCGGUGGGCGCCCCGUUUGGCGGGGAGGACCAGCGCGGCCUGGUGCACGUCUACAGCGGCAGCCGGGACGGCCUCAGGACCUCUCCCACGCAGGUCCUGCAGGGACAGUGGGCGUCCGCCGGCGCUCUGCCCGGCUUCGGCUACUCGCUGAGGGGCGCCGUGGACGUGGACGGGAACGGGUACCCAGAUUUGUUGGUGGGGGCUUUUGGAGUGUCCAAGGCCGUGCUGUACAGGGCCCGGCCGGUCGUGAGCCUGGACGUGGAGCUGCAGCUGGUGCCGCAGAUGAUCAACACCGAGAGCAAGGACUGCAUGAUGCCCGGCUCGGGGGCACCUGUGUCAUGCUUCACAGUCAAGGUCUGUCUCUCAGCGGUUGGAAAAAGUGUUCCUGCAACAAUGGAGGUAGAGCUCCAGGUGCAGCUCGACAGGCUGAAGCUCAAGGGCUCCGGGCGACGGGCCCUCUUCCUGCUGUCCCAGACGUCGCUUCACGAGCAACGGCUCAGCCUUGCCAACCGGGCCCGGCCGCACUGCGUGGCCCUGCUCGCCUUUCUCAGGGGCGAGUCGGAGUUUCGUGACAAGCUCACGCCAAUCUCCGUGGGCCUCAACCUCAGCCUGGAUGAGCAGGCGAGGCAGGGCCCUCACGGCCUCCACCCCAUCCUCCACCCCUCCAGCCCGCAGCACGUCAGCAAGCAGGCCUACAUCUUGCUUGACUGUGGUGAGGACAAUGUCUGUAUCCCCAAGCUGAAGCUCUCGGUCACGUGGGACCGCAAGGCGCUGCUGGUGGGCGAGGAGAACCUGGUGACGCUGGCGCUCGUGGCAAGAAACGCGGGCGAGGGCGCCUACGAGGCGGAGCUCGUCCUCGUGCUGCCCCCUGAGGCCGACUACGUGGGCAUCGUCCGAAACGAGUCGCUGAGCUUGCUGAGCUGCUCCUACAAGGCUGAGAAUGCAUCCAGGAGCGUUCUGUGCGACCUGGGCAACCCCAUGGCCGGCCAGAGCAGCAUAGCGCUGGGCCUGCGCUUCAGCGUCAACCGGCUGGAACAAGCGGGGCCCAACGUCACGUUCGAGGCGUACGUCAGGAGUGCGAACCAGGAGCCCCACGAGCACGUGUUUGAGGCUGUGACGCUGCCUGUCAGGGUCUUCGCUCAACUCGACCUCCGUGGGGUGUCUCUGCCGCCCCAGCUGGUGCUGCCCCUGCCCGACUGGGCCCCGCCGAGCGCCGAGCUCAGCACCGAGGAGCAGGUGGGGCCGCUGGUGCUGCACGUCUACGAGCUGCGCAACAGCGGCCCGGCCAGCGUGGGGCCCAGCCAGCUGGAGGUGGCCCUGCCGGAGAAGCUCAAGGAUCAGUUUGUGCUCUACCUCCUGGAGCUGGCGACCGAGGGGCCCCUCACCUGCAAACUGGACCGCCCAGCUAACCCCCUGCAGCUACAGAUGAGCAUGACGGGCGCGGAGAUGCUGCUGAACGACUCGUGGGCCGAGCCGUGGCAGUCGUUUCGCCGCCGUCGCCGCCGGACGCUGCUGCAUCUGAGGGCCCUGGCCGCGGACAGGGGGCGCACGCUGAAUUGCAGCUGGGCGGAGUGUGCCCACGUGCGGUGCGACGUGGGCGUUCUGCACAAGGGAGAGAGCGCCGUGCUGAAGGUGCGGGCCCGGCUCUGGGCCGACACCUUCCUCAAGAGAGAAAACCAGAAGUUUUCCAUCCAGGCCUUGGCCAGGUUCGACGUGCUGCAGGUGCCCUACCGAAUAAAGCCCGCAGAGUACCCCAGCGGCAGCGUGGUGGUACAGAGCAAGGUGCUGUGGGCCCGCUCUGACUCGAGUCUGCCGCUGCCCUUCUGGGCUGUACUGCUCGCCGUCUUCUCGGGGCUGCUGCUGCUCUCCCUGCUCGUCUUCGCCAUGUGGAUGGUGGGCUUUUUCCACCGCAAGAGGCCCCCACAGAAGGACGAAACCAACCACCAGACCCAGGCAGCCCCUGCAUCCAAUGGCCACGAGGCGUGACCCAGCAGCCACACUGGAGCCAAGCUGUUGCCGUGCACCUCAACGGCUCCCCGCUCCCCCGAACGUGGACACUGUGUGGCACGAGGCGCCUUAGGGGAAUAGGGACAUUGCCAGCACUGGAACUGACCGAGCAAGAUCUUCCACCUGACAAACACCAAGCGGCGGAUGAAGGAGGAAGACUGCCACGUGGUUCUCGUUUUUAUUCUGAAAGGUGCCCAACCGGCUGGGUGUGGCUGAAAGUCGGCGGUGAAGAUGGGCGGGAUACCCGAUUCAAGCCAUCCAGAGCCACUGCCGCUUCGAGUUACUCAUUGGUCAAAUCACAUUAUACCUCCUGGAAUGCCAUUCGCACUCACUCACGGUUUACAUAUCAGCUACUGAAAUGCAUCAAUUGAUUUUAGGCAACAUUUCGUUGUUUUGUUACAUUAAAGUAAAUUGUGUUACACGCCCACGCUUACAGCGUGAAUGGGAAAAUUAUCAAAAAGGAGCAACGGCCAACAUAGUGAACUUUGGUUUUGACAUGAGACUCACCCGUUUUAGCAUAUAUUAGCAUCUUUAUACAUUUUGGUGUUUAGAUGCUGGAAAAUUUCUGAUACUUUUUUUUAUUUAUCCCAAAGGUGUUUAUACAUAUAGCAAAAUAACAACCUAUGUAUGGCAUUUAAACACAAACCAAAUAGCAUCACCUGCGUCAUUAGCACUGUGUUAUAGCAGAAAUGUAACAUUGUAGGCUAACGUCUUGUAAAAUGGUCAUAUGGAUCAUUUGCUCACAGCGCUGUAUAUUGUGCUGAUGUGGUACAGUUCGUUAUGACGGUGGACAAGUUUUUUUUUGUUUGGCUUGUGCCUGUGCCCCACUGCUAAUGCAGCCCCUUCAAUUUUGUACGAUGAGAAGUUUGUGCAAGAAAUGCACGAAUGCAAUUCCACUAACCCUGGAAGUGCUGAGAAAAAAAAAAACAAUCCUCAAUUUUUAUGAAGAAUAACGUGAUGUAUUUCGGUUGUGCUGUAUAUACCAUUGUGAAUAUGAAACUACGCGUGAUAAAGUGAAAUAUUAUUUUGGCCCGCUUACAUAUGGUGCUAUUGAGAUUUCAUCCAUGCAGCAGGGUGCAGCUGUGCCAUUGGGCACAUAACUUGGCAGAUCCAUGUUUUAAUACUCGUGCAGCAAUGAACAAAUUACGUUUCCCAACAGUGCAGUGUUUGCAGAAAUGUCCAGAAUGUAUGGUCAAGCGUGCACACGUCUUUUGUUUCUACGUAUGGACACUUUACUUUAUUGUGAAUUUCCAACUUGUGACCGAGAAAAAUGUAAAUAUGGCGAGGCUGACAAACUCGAAACGUCUGUACCUCCAGGUUAUUACUCUUUUCUGGGUAAAUGGGUGCAUUUCCAUGAAAGUGCUCUUUUUUAAGCAUCAACUCCAUUGCAAAACACUUCCCUUCUGUACAUUGACACUUGUAAAUAUAUUUUACCGAGACCUCGUUAAAGAAUGAACAAAAAAGAUUAAUAUUUCACGGCCCUACUUUUUUUUAAAUCAGUCAGCUGGUGUUGUCAACAUCCGAUUAUUGGGUUAGGCAAAUGGGGAAGCAAAGCCUAGUAUACUCAAGCUGCCACACACCCCAAUGAGCCAUUACCUCAAGCACCACAGCCCAGUAGCUAUUUCAUAAACGUACCCAGGAAGCCACCUUACAUCGCCUUGAACGUGUUAACAACAUUAAUAUGAUAAUUGUUUUUUUGCCCUUUUAUCUGGCAACAAAACUGACACCUUUUUGACAAGGAGUCAUGUUUACAUUAACCACAAUACCUGCGGUCGGAACGCAAACAAAAAACAACU